GCAGCGAAAUAAGCGGCAUUGUCAAGUCCCUCUUGCUCCUCCUCUCCCUCUCUUGCUGUCCCGCAGCCUCUCCCGCUCUCCCUUUCCCGCUGUCCCCUCCUCUCCCAGUCUCUCUCUCCCCUGCCGGGCCGGGCCAUGCCCCCGCCCCGUCCCCGGCCCCGGGCGGGGCUGCCCCAUCCCCGUCUUCAUCCCCGGCCGUCCCGCCGCGGUCUCGCCUCCGCCCGGCUCUGGCUGUGCUGGCGCUGGCUGUGCCGGGCGGGAAUCAGUGCCUGGGGCGGCAUCGCCGCCCUUUGGCUCCGCCUGGCCCGAGCCCGGCCCCGGCCCCGACGUGGGCUCCAGUCCCGGCCCCGGCCCCGGCUCCUCCCGGGCCCCGCGGAGGACACAGGCGGCGCGGCCGCUGCCGCCGCCUCCGCUGCGGCUUCCCCGGCCCGAGCUCCGCCGCUCGGCAGCGCGGCCGCCGGCCCCGAGCCGCCGCUGUCCCGUUGCCAGGAGAGAACGCCUGGGGAUGGCCGGCCCGGGGCGCUCGGGGGGCGCUCGGGGGCCGCUCCUGGCCCCGGGCCGAGCGCUGACAGCCGCGUCCCGCCCGCAGGGAAGGCGCAGGAGGCCCUGCAGGAGCGGUACCGGCUGGGUUCGCUGCUGGGCAGCGGCGGCUUCGGCAGCGUCUUCGCAGCCACGCGGCUCUCGGACGGCGUCCCGGUGGCCAUCAAAAAGGUGCCGCGGGAUCGCAUCCGGCACUGGGGCGAGCUGCCCGACGGCACCAGCGCACCCCUGGAGAUCGUGCUGCUGGCCAAGGUGGCCUCUGGCUGCGCUGGUGUCAUUCAGCUCCUGGAGUGGCUCGAGCUCCCCGACAGCUUCUUGCUGGUGCUGGAGCGCCCGGAGCGGUGCCAGGACCUGUCGGGUUUCCUGGCGGAGCGGAGGUUCCUGCCGGAGGAGGAGGCGCGGGGGCUGUUCCGCCAGGUGCUGGAGGCCGUGCGGCACUGCACCAGCUGCGGGGUCCUGCACAGGGACAUCAAGCCCCAGAACAUCCUGCUCGACCUGGCCACGGGGCGGCUGAAACUGAUCGACUUUGGCUGUGGCGCCUUCCUCCAAGACACAGCCUACACCCAGUUUGCAGGAACCCUGUCCUACAGCCCACCAGAGUGGAUCCACCACCGACGCUACCACGGCGAGGCAGCGACCAUCUGGUCCCUGGGCCUCCUGCUGUGCCACCUGGUCAUGGGCAAGCACCCGUUCAGGAGGGGCCAGGAAAUCAUCUGGGGGUGGAUCUUGUUCCCACGACGGCUCUCUCAAGAGUGCCAGGAUGUCAUUAAGAGGUGUUUGUCCAUGCAGCCCUUGGACAGACCAUCCUUAGAAGAGCUUUUCCAUGAUCCUUGGGUGCAGGGUGUUCCUUUACCCUAGAGGAUGGGAGAGAUCCACGUGCCACCUGGUCAUGGGCAAGCACCCGUUCAGGAGGGGCCAGGAAAUCAUCUGGGGGUGGAUCUUGUUCCCACGACGGCUCUCUCAAGAGUGCCAGGAUGUCAUUAAGAGGUGUUUGUCCAUGCAGCCCUUGGACAGACCAUCCUUAGAAGAGCUUUUCCAUGAUCCUUGGGUGCAGGGUGUUCCUUUACCCUAGAGGAUGGGAGAGAUCCACGUGCACAGUUGGACCCAGGGGCCUGGCAGCUGGGCCCUGGGCAGAACCCUGACAGCCUGGUCUGGCCCCAGGGAAGGAGAAGGAGCCCCUGGAGAAGCUGCACCAGGUGGGGCUGCUGCUGCUGGAGACACCAAGGACAACCUCAAGGAUGACAAUCUCUUCUUCGGCCUGGCCAGCUGAAGAUGAUGGACUUGGAUUCUGGCACCUUCUCCAAAGCCAGGCUCCACAGGGAAUUUGCAGAUGAGUCCACACGCAGGGGGUGCUCCCAGAUUCGGGCAUUGCUCAGCUUGGCCGGGAACCAAAGGUUGCCCCUUUGCUGUGGCGGAUGCAGCUGAUCCUUCAGUCGGCUGCCAGGCUGCUUUUGGCAGGGCUGGGGAGAUGGGCUGGGGUGGGUACGAAAUGGGAGUGGGCUCCUGGCCCUGCCAACAGCCCCCAGCACCCACCGUGCCCCAGGCUGGGGCUGGGGCUGGGGCAGCCAGCCCGACACAAACAAACCCCCAUGGUGGGAGCAGAGGUGGGACUCCAGAACCUGUGCAGGGGCUGCUUUGCUUUGCAGGCAAGGAAGGGCCUGGGCUGCUCCACUGCCCCUGUUUGCUUUGGGAUGAGCGUUAUUUUGGGGGGCAGUGCAGGGGGAAGGGAGAAAGCCUGGGCUUCCCUCACCUGUGGGUGGGGUUUUCCCUGGCAUGCAGGGGUUGGGCCUUCCUCAAGCCCCUGACAGAGAUAGGAUUUUUGACCGUUUUUCUUGUUCCCCUUUUUGUCUGAAAUCUAUUUUCAACCAUUUGUUGUUUGUUUUUCUAGAGGAAGCGUUCCAGGUGGGGUCCAGCCUGGAUGGGGAUCUGCUUGGGAGCAGCUGUGGCGUGGAUGGGCCGUGCCCUUGGAGAAGGCUGAGGACAUCGUUUGGGACCAGCUUUUCUUCCAGCGGUGGAUGGCGUCAGCCGGGCUCUGCGGGUGCUGAGGCUGCUCUGGGCUCUGCCAGGGCUCUGCUGGAGCUCAGCACCGGGCCAGAAUCAGCCAAAGAAGAAAUGGUGUGCCCUGCAGCACAGCCUUGCUUGAGCAUUUCAGCAACACAGCUCAAGUUUGCAGAGUGUACACCUCCCAGGGAAAACAUGCCACCACCCAAAAAAUAAACUUGUUCAAUAGCUUCUGAAAUGAAA